AUGUAUUCUCAAGAUUCACCAGAAGCGAAUAUCACAGAUAAUGGUGUUAAUGGGAUUACGAACGGGGAUGGAGGCAAGCAAGAUAGAGGGAUGGAACCAUUAGCCAUUGUUGGCAUGGCUUGUCGCUUGCCCGGCGAUGUCUCCAGCCCAGAAGAUUUCUGGGAAUUGUGCUCCCGAGGAAGAAGCGCCUGGUCACCAAUCCCCGAAUCCCGAUUCAAUGCCUCUGCGUUCUAUCACCCCAAUCCUGAUCGCGCCGGAUCUAUCAACACGAAAGGUGGUCACUUUUUAAAAGAGGAUGUCGGACUGUUCGAUGCGCCUUUCUUCAACAUCACACUCCAAGAAGCACGAUCCCUCGACCCCCAACAAAGACUGGCCCUCGAAUGUACAUACGAAGCGCUUGAGAAUGCGGGCAUCCCCAACCAUUCCAUCGCAGGGCGCAAGAUUGGUGUUUUUGCGGGCGCAUCGCUCCCGGAGUACGAUAUGAACAAUUUCAAGGAUACGGAGGCCAGUCCCAUAUUGCUUUCAGAAGAAGGACGUACAUACGCAUUUGACCAGCGAGGAAACGGAUUCGGACGAGGCGAAGGCGUUGGAUGCAUCGUGUUGAAGCCACUCGAAGUCGCACAGAAAGCAGGAGAUGCCAUACGAGCAAUAGUCGUGAACAGCGGGGCUAACCAAGACGGCCGAACCAGAGGAAUUACCAUGCCAAAUGGCGCGGCACAAGAAUCAUUGAUGCGCUCGGCCUACAAAGAUGCCGGAGUCGACCCGGCGUUGACAGGAUACGUCGAAGCGCACGGCACAGGAACCCAAGUUGGAGAUCCGAUUGAAGCGACAGCACUGAAUACAAUCUUUGGAAAAGGUCGCACCCCCCGCCAACCGUUAUUCAUUGGCUCCGUGAAAUCGAAUCUUGGCCAUCUAGAGGGGGCAAGUGGCGUGAUUUCAAUUAUCAAGACUGCCUUGAUGUUGGAGCGGGGAUUUGUCCUGCCAAAUUGCAACUUCGACAAGGCAAAUGAAGAUAUUCCCCUAGAAAAGUGGAACAUGAAGGUCCCGAAGAAACUCGCGCCCUGGCCUCGAGGCAAACCUUACGCAAGUGUGAACAACUUUGGCUUUGGAGGAUCAAACGCCCAUAUAAUCCUACGGGCUGGACCCCGUAGCAAAGGGGACGGAACUAUCAAGCCGGAUCCCUUACCACGAAAAGUAUUCGUUCUCACGGGGCAUGACAAACAGGCGCUUGCUCAGCGGGCAAAUGAUCUGAAUGCGUACCUUGUGAAGCAUCCCGCGAUCUUCGACAACCAUCUGUUGGGUAACAUCGCCUAUACGAUCGGACAACGACGAAGCUUCUUCCAAUGGAGACUUGCAGUUUCCGCGUCUGUUGACACAGAGUUGGGCGAGUUCUUAACAAGCAAUCCUGAACCGCAUCGAGCUGCACAAGAGCCUGUUCUCGCGUUUGCUUUCACCGGACAGGGAGCUCAAUGGCUCGGGAUGGGAAAAGAGUUGAUCGGGACGUAUCCAGUGUUUCGGCAGACAAUGCAAGCUGUGGAUGCUUGUCUUACAGCCCUUGGUGCUGGUUUUUCAAUGAUUGAUGAGCUGCUCCUUAAUGACCCCGCCACAAGCUCUCUUUCAAAGGCCCACAUGAGUCAACCCGCUUGUACAGCCGUCCAGUUAGCAUUGGUUGAACUACUUCGAUCCUGGGGUAUAAAGCCCAAUGCCGUGACUGGUCAUUCAAGUGGUGAGAUAGCGGCAGCAUAUGCAGCAAAUAACCUGACACUCGAAGAAUGCGUCCAGAUUGCGUAUGCUCGAGGUCUUGCAUCUGGAUUUUUGACUCAAAACUCGAAAACGAAGGGAGCAAUGUUGGCUGUGGGCGCGAGUUCCACAGAAGUACAGCCCUUUGUGGAUGCGCUGACAAACAAACAUGCGGUCGUCGCGUGUGUAAAUAGUGGUUCCAGUGUCACGGUAUCCGGAGAUGAAGAUGCCAUCGUUGAGCUGCAAGAUGUUCUGGAUAAAGAGCAGAUGUUUACUCGUCGGUUGCAGGUAGAUGUUGCUUAUCAUUCUCACCACAUGAAGCAAGUAGCUCAACAGUAUCGCCUGCUGAUGGGCAAAAUCGUUCCCAUGGAAUCCGACAUUCCCUUCCAUUCUGCAGUACACGGCCGGCAAAUAUCUGCGGAGGAUCUAGAUGCUUCAUAUUGGGUGGAUAAUCUCGUCUCCAGAGUGGAGUUUGUCCAGGCUCUGCAGAAUCUCGUGACAGAAAAUCCGAAGGUUACUACGAUUAUCGAGGUUGGCCCGCAUUGUGCUUUGCAGACCCCAAUCAAACAGAUUGUUUCACAAAGCUUCCCAAACAAAACCAUCCAAUACCUCCCAAGUCUGAAGCGCAAAGUCGACGCGGUUGAAGCUGCCCAGCAAUUAGUGGGCGCUCUUUUCGUGCGAGGUUAUCCAGUUGAUCUGGGUGCCGUGAACUUCCCCGACUUCGGUGAGAACUCUCGCAAGCCAACGCUGUUAACGAAUCUGCCAAAAUACCCAUGGAAUCAUUCAGAACGAUACUGGCACUUGUCUCGCUUGGCACAUAAUCUGUAUUAUAGACUGACACCGCGCAACGACCUUCUUGGCUCUCUCUGCAUGGAGAACGUUGAUUUCGAGCCGCGCUGGAGAAAUAUUCUUCGGCUGGAUGAUUUUCCCUGGAUUCGCCAGCACAAGGUUCUCGGGAGCAAUGUGGUACCUUUAACAGCAUUCUUGGCCAUGGCAAUCGAAGCUAUGGUCACGCACGCAGCACACCAUCACAUCACCCUGGAAAAGAUCGAUCUGCGAGAUGUUUCAAUUUCGCGUGCCCUGACUAUUGCCGAGGGUGCUUCGGUGGAGACAAUGUUCACAUUGAAACGCGUGAAUGAAUCCGCCAGCAAGUCUCUUGAUAGUUGGCAUGAGUUCAAAGCCUUCUCCUGGGUGGAAACGCGUGGCUGGGAGCAACAUUUUCAAGGGUUUGUAAAAGGCCAAGAAAGUCAAGAUUCGAACCCCGUCGACGGACAGCGACGACAGGUAGCCAUUUCGGCAGAGAUAUCACGCCAAAUCUCAGACCUCCAGGCCUCGUGCACAGUACCCGUUGACUCGGAUACUCUCUACAGUAAUGUCGGAAGUAGUGGUGUUGAGUAUGGACCACUUUUCCGGUGCUUGUCUGAUAUCUUUGUCAGCGAGGACUCGAAAUCAAGAGCUACCUUUUCUGCGCCAGAUACGAAAAGCUGCAUGCCGCUCGAGUACGAAACUGAUUGUAUAAUCCACCCGGUCACAUUGGACCACUGUCUGCAACUAUUGUGGACACUACUAGGAUAUCAGCACGGCCGAUUGGAUGUAACCCACGUCCCGUCCCGGAUCUCGCAGUUCUCUAUUUCACUUAACCGUCCCUUCUGUGCAGGCACUCAGUUUGAGCUCUAUGCGCGCCCUCCUCUACCUUCUCCAACACGUCGACCAAGAGGUAACCGGAUCCUUGUCAUGCGGCCCGAAGAUCAUCAAAAUGCAGCCAUCGAAAUUGACGGAGUAAUAAUGGUGCCACUGACAAACGAUGGCGGCAAAUCAUGGGGAAAGGAACCUAACGCUAUGUGCUACAAGCUUCAUUGGGAGCCAUGCCUUGAUUUUCUCUCCACAAAAGACUACAAGUCUCUCCUGGCGGGAAGCAAUGGUGAUCCCCAUGGUGUUCAGCGAAUGCGAUUGCUGGACCGGUUGGCAGAACAUUACCUUCGCAACGCCCUGGACCAGGUCUCGCAAGAGGAAGUGCACAAUCUCGAAAACCAUUACGUCAAAUUUUAUCACUGGAUUCAAAAGGCUUGUAAAUCCGCCCGCCUUGGGGAGCCACUGUCGGAACAGACGAUUGAAUACGUUCGUACGAUGAAUGGGUCUGGUGCUCUCCUGUACCAAAUCGGCUCGUCGCUUCCCAAGAUCCUUCGGGGUGAAGUGGACCCGUUGACCUGUAUGCUCGAGGACGACUUGCUGAACAGAUACUAUCAAGAGAUUGAUAACAUGCGCCAAUCCUACUCCCAGGUCUCAGUUUGCAUUAACCAAAUGGGUCACCAGAAUCCCAACAUUAACAUCCUCGAAAUUGGCGCUGGCACAGGCGGUGCUACUGUGCCUAUACUCGAAGCCCUUGGAGGAGGCAAGUCCGGUACAACGCCCCGAUUCAGCCAGUACACCUACACCGACAUCUCCCCUGGUUUCUUUGAGAAAGCGAAAGUCAAAUUCGAACCGUGGGACCAUCUCAUGACAUACCAAACUCUCGACAUAUCCUCCGAUCCGACCAAGCAGGGUUACCAGCCUCAUUCAUAUGAUUUGGUAGUUGCCUGUAACGUCCUCCACGCAACCUCGGAGAUCAACAAGACCGUCGAAAAUGUACGGAUGCUGUUGAAGCCAGGAGGGAAAUUGAUCCUGAUUGAGGAGACAUCGUUCAAAGCAAGACUUUUCCCCUUCGCUUCUCUGCCCGGGUGGUGGCUCAGUCAAGAUGCGAAUCGUGUUGACGGGCCGCUGCUUGAACUGGACGGGUGGAACAGCGUCCUAGCAUCGAAUGACUUCUCGGGUAUUGACAUUCAGCUCGACGACUAUCCGGAUUCCGAUGAUCGGAGCAGUAGCAUCAUGGUUUCUACAGCCAAGGGCUUGAAGAAUGGACCCGAGAAUGAUGGUGAUAUUGUCAUUAUCGGGGAUAAUUGGAGAAGAGGGGUCCGGUUAAAUCGAAAAUUGAAGAAAUGCUUAAAGAUGACGACGGGCGUGUCACCUGUUGAAGCUGAACUAACAGAAGCAAACGUUACUGGCAAAUGGUGUGUCUUCCUGGGCGAUAUGAACCAGUCUAUUCUUUCACAUCCUGGCCCUGCACAGUUCAAGAACAUCCAGAAUCUUGUCAGUGGUGCUCGGGGGCUACUAUGGGUAAUCCGACAUAAUAGUGGGGACCCACGAUCUCUCGCCGAGAACAUGGUGAUAGGUCUCGCUCGGACUGUACGAUCGGAAACUGGCUUACCGUUUGUCACGCUCGAUCUGGGCGAAAAACUGAAAAUAUCAGAUAGGGAAACUGCCAGACACAUUGACAAAGUGUUCCACGGUGUCUUCUGUCGAAAGUCACAGCUCACGGAAGCCGAUAUGGAGUUCACCGUUCGCGGAGGGCGUAUCUGCGUAUCCCGUCUUGUCGAUAACGAUGCGCUGAAUCUGAGCAUCCAGCAGGAAACCCAGGAAGCACCACCGCAAUUGCAAUUGUUCCAACAGCCAAAAAGACCAUUGAAACUUACCACCGGGAAUAGCAGGAUGUUGGAUGAGCUGUAUUUCACGGACGACCAGUCUCUCGCGGCCCCGUUGCCAGAAGACUAUAUUGAAAUUCGCAUCUCGCAUGUGGGACUGAACUUCAGAGAUGUUCUGGUUGCCAUGGGCCAGCUCCAGGAAGGCAUGCUCGGUCAGGAGUGCAGCGGAACUAUCACUGCUGUGGGAACGCAAGUGACUGAUUUCCAAGUGGGAGAUCGCGUGUUUGCCAUGUCGCCUGGAUGUCUUUCCGCCCUAGCACGAUGCCCGGCCUACUGCGCCUGCACUCUACCUGAGAAUGUCUCCUUAGAGCUAGCAGCGUCCAUCUCCACAGUCUUCAGCACCGCGUACUACUCCUUGAUCGAUCUUGGACAACUACUGGAAGGGGAGAGCAUUCUAAUCCACGCCGCUGCCGGAGGUGUCGGACAAGCAGCCAUCAUCAUCGCGCAGUCUAUUGGCGCCAAGGUCUUUGCGACAGUUGGCAGUCAAGAAAAGAAGGAAUUCUUGAUGGAGACUUACAAUUUGGAUAGUGACCGGAUAUACUUCAGCAGAGAUACCUCGUUCGCUCGAGGAAUCCUGCACGCCACGGACGGCGAGGGCGUAGACGUGGCCUUAAACUCCCUAGACGGGGACGCGUUACAAGCGACGUUCAAAUGCGUUGCCCCGUUCGGUCGAUUCAUUGAGAUGGGUAAGAGGGACAUUGUGCAGAAUUCUAGGCUAGAGAUGUCAUCUUUUGACCGCAACGUGACUUUCGCCUCUGUUGAUAUGAACGUGGUAAGGGAAAAGCGACCGAAGAUGUUCAACAGAUUGUUGCGCAAUUCUGUCGAACUGUUCGUGCGAAGCCAGGCCCUGACGCAGUGGCCUAUCACCACGAUUCCCAUCUCUGAAAUUGAAUCCGGCUUCCGUGCCUUGCAAGGUGGCCAGGUCAUUGGCAAGAUGGUAGUGCAUAUUGAAGACAGUCCAGAUGACCAACCUGCUAUGGUAAAGGUCCAUCCAGCAAGAAAGCCCGGUGCCCUCGUCAAGCCAAACGCCUCGUAUAUCAUUGUUGGAGGAACAGGAGGAAUUGGACUCGAUCUCGCCAGCUGGCUCCCAAGCAAAGGCGCCACACAUCUCAUUCUAGUUUCUCGGAGUGGCGCCGCAAGCGAUAACGCCAAAUUAACCGUUCAAGAGCUGACAGAAAACGGCAUCACAGUCGAAAUAUGCCGCUGCGACAUUUCUAGUGAGGUAGAUGUGACAGAAAAGCUGGGCCAUGUUCUAAGCCAAAUGCCGCCCGUUCGUGGUGUUAUCUACGGCGCCAUGGUUCUCCGCGACAUUCUCUUCGAGAAAAUGACCUACGACGACUACAUGGCGGUCAUCAAGCCGCGAGUCCACGGUAUCAUGAACCUGCAAUCCCUCCUCAAAUAUACCUGCACCCUCGACUUCUUCAUCAAUCUUUCCUCCGGCGCCAGCUUCAUCGGCAAUAUGGGACAGGCCCAAUACGCGGCCAGUGGCGGGUUCAUGGCCGCACUCGCCCAAUAUCCUGAAGCCUCAGGACUGCCCUGCACGACGCUCGACCUGCCCAUCGUUCGGGGAGUUGGAUACCUCAGCGAGGACCAGCAAAAGCUAGAACAAGUCUCCGCACAGCUUGGCACAUCGGCCAUCACGGCAGUCGAGAUCCGAUGCAUUGUGGCGGCCGCGAUACGGAACGAGAUCCGCGAAUCCAGCGAAGGCCACUGCAUCAUCGGGUUCGAUUUCAUCAAGUCGACACCCGUCGCCGAGCUCCCGCACUGGGUGAAAGACGCACGGUUCUCAAAUCUCACCCAUCUAUCAAGACUCAUGGAAACCGCCGCGUCAAAUAGCGCGGCAGCGAAACAGACCGCCAUCGAAGUCUCUCCUGCUACUGCUGUGCGUUCGGCGCGGGCCCUCGACGUGGCGGAGAGUCUAGUCGUCGAUGCGGUGAUUAAGAAGCUCUCGAGUAUUUUGAUGCGUCCGGCGGAGGAGCUGGACCCGUCUGUCCCGAUCUCCGUGUAUGGGUUAGAUUCGUUAGUGGCGAUCGAGGUCCGGAAUUGGAUCACUAGGGAAUUGGAAGCGAGCUUGCAGAUCUUGGAGAUUCUGGCCAGUGAUUCCCUGCCCGUCUUGGCGAGGCUGAUCUUGAAGAAGUCUGGGAUUUUGUCGGUGAAGGUAAAGGGGGAGUGGGGGUUGAUUGGGAAUGAGGGUUAA